CUAAAAUAAAAGUAAAAACAGUUCCCAUGGGCGUGCAUAGAAUUCAGAAGUCCAGAAUCCGUUAAAACCCUUCCUUUGGAAAAGGGUUCUCAUGGUCUCGUCUCAUGAUCCUGUCUUCCAAAGCCGAAUCCCUGCUCCGCUUUCUUAUCUCUUCUCCUUUUGUAUCCCCAUCAUCCCCUCUCAAAUGGGUAUCUACAAGGACUCUCCAAACACUGCAAUUUUCUCCGCAACAAGAAAACCCACUUCUCCAUCUCCAUGCUCUCGUCAAUCUCACAGCAUACCAGAAAGAUUCCAAUUACGAGCUGGUUUUGGUUUCAGCUCUAAAAUCUUGCUCGUCCCGUUUGGCUAUCUCUCAAGGCCAACAAAUCCAUUGCCUUGUUUUGAAAUCUGGUCUUGAUUCUAACACUUACAUACGGAACAGCUUGAUUAACAUGUAUGCCAAAUGUGGGUUUCUAGCUGAUGCUAAUUCCUUAUUUGACUUAUGUGCUAAUUUGGAUCCUGUGUCCUAUAAUAUCAUGAUUUCUGGGUAUGUGAAAUCUGGAAAAUUAGAUGAUGCUCGCAAGUUAUUUGAGGUAAUGCCUACAAAAGGCUGUGUGUCGUACACUACUAUGAUCAUGGGAUUCGUCCAUAAUGAUUGUUGGAUUGACGCGAUUGAGCUUUAUAAGCAGAUGAGAAAUGUGGGUGUGGUUCCUAAUGAAGUGACACUGACAACUGUGAUCUCCGCUUUUUCUCAUCUAGGUGGGAUUUGGGGUUGUAGAACACUUCAUGGAUUGGUGAUCAAGAUGAUGUUUGAUGGGUUUGUUCUUGUUUCAACCAACUUGUUGCAUAUGUAUUGUAUUUGUUCAAGUUUAGUCGAAGCGAGAGCUUUGUUUGAUGAGAUGCCUGAGAGGAAUAUGGUUUCCUGGAAUGUAAUGUUAAAUGGUUAUUCAAAGGCAGGGUGUAUUGACUUGGCUAAAGAGUUAUUUCAGAGGAUCCCAUAUAAAGAUGUGGUUUCAUGGGGUAGUAUAAUUGAUGGUUAUGUUCGAGUAGGGAAUUUAAGUGAAGCUUUUAUCAUGUACAGAUCGAUGGUACGUGCAGGGUUUGGACCUAAUGAUGUUAUGAUGGUCGAUUUGAUUUCUGCAUGUGGGAGAAGAAUAGCGGUCGGCCAAGGUCAGCAAUUACACAGUACUAUUGUGAAGCUGGGUCUUGACUGUUAUGAUUUUAUACAGGCAACUGUCAUCCAUUUUUAUGCAGUUUGUGGCAUGAUUAAUGAGGCUUGUUUGCAAUUUGGUAUUGGUAGUAAGGACAAUGUUGCGUCUUGGAAUGCUCUCAUUGCAGGAUUUACACGGAAUAGAAUGAUUGAUCGAGCGAGGCAAUUAUUCAAUGAAAUGCCUGAGAGAGAUGUUUUUUCAUGGAGCACAAUGAUUUCUGGUUAUACACAGAACGAGCAACCUAACUUGGCAUUAGAACUAUUCCAUGGGAUGGUAGCUAGUGGAACCCAACCGAAUGAAGUAACAAUGUUGAGUGUUUUUUGUGCAAUUGCUACUUUAGGCACAUUAAAAGAAGGAAGAUGGGCCCAUGAAUAUGUGCUUGAUAACUCCAUCCCUAUUAGUGACAAUUUAAGUGCUGCAAUAAUCGACAUGUAUGCCAAAUGUGGGAGCAUCAACAUUGCCUUAGAAAUUUUUUACGAAGUCAGAGAUACUGCAUCUACUGUAUCACCAUGGAAUGCAAUUAUAUGCGGGUUGGCCAUGCAUGGACAUGCAAAGUUGUCUCUUAAAAUAUUUUCAGACUUAGAAAGGCGCCAAAUCAAGCUCAAUGCAAUCACAUUCAUUGGAGCCCUCAGUGCAUGUUGCCAUGCUGGGUUGGUGGAUAUGGCUGAGAGAGUUUUUACGAGCAUGAAGAUUGUGCAUGAUAUUGAUCCGGAUAUCAAGCAUUAUGGCUGUAUGGUGGAUCUCUUGGGUAGAGCAGGGCGUCUAGAAGAAGCUGAGGAAAUGAUAAGAAGCAUGCCCGUGAAGGCAGAUGUUGUGAUAUGGGGUACAUUGUUAGCGGCAUGCAGAACCUAUGGCAAUGUGGAUGUAGGAGAAAGGGCUGCGGAAAAUUUGGCAAGAUUGGAACCAUCCCAUGGGGCAAGCAGGGUUCUUUUGUCCAACAUUUAUGCAGAUGCAGGGAAGUGGGAGGAUGCAUUUUUACUAAGGAGAGAAAUCCAAAGUCACAGAAUGCAGAGAUUGCCAGGCUAUAGCGGUGUCACAUGAAAACAAAAGGAAUCCUAGUGAAUGUUUCAGUCUAGUUUGGAUGAAGAUUGCAUUCUUUUUUACUAAGACAACUUCCAGCUUCUAGCUACUGUCCUAACAUGUUACAGCAACAUUAUUCUAACAUGGUGUGAUUAAUAAAGAAAUCCAACGGCAGAGUUACUAUCUUGAUGGUAUUAAUAUUUUAUUCUUUUAAAUCUACAAAACAGGCUUUUUUAUGGUAUUUAAUCUUGCAACAAUUGAUAGGUUAGGAUGCUAAACCCGU